CCGUGAGGUCACAACACUUCCUUGUCAUCACCGCUUACCCACAAUCCACCGCGGUCCUCCACAUUUGGAUUCUGUGCGCUGAGUGUCAAACCCAAGAUGGCACUUCACCGGUUAUUCCAGCUGUCCUCUCUGCUGCGCUCCGCCGUGAGCCUGACCGUGCGCAGGAACAUCGGCAUGUCCGCUGUCCUCUUCAACAAGGCCAAGGAGCUCGACCCCAUCCAGAAACUGUUCCUGGACAAGAUCCGUGACUACAACACCAAGAGCAAGGCUUCUGGUGGCAUUGUGGAUGCAGGUCCCGCUUACCAGAAGAACCUGUCUGAAGAAGUAACCAAACUGCAGAGGCUAUACGGAGGAGGAGACCUCGUCAAGUUCCCCGACUUCAAAUUCACAGACCCGAAGCUUGACGACGGACCCAAGUGAAGGACGUCCAUGUUGUACAUCUCCUACAUGUCACAAAUGUGUUGUAUUUAAUUAAAAAAACAUAGUGGAUUGAAUAACGACGCAUUGGUUGUCAAUUCAGCUGCUUCUGGUUUCUCCACUGUACUGAGAUCAUCUGUCAACAUACAACGAGUAAACGACUUCAGAUCUGC